AUGAGAAGCCUCGUCUGCCACACCUUUCAUAUCCUUUUCCUCCUCUUCAUCUUCAGCGUCGCUUCUAACGCACUUUGGGAGGCGAAGUCCGGCGAUGGUGGCGACAGCGGCAACUGCGAGGCGCUUGCCGCGCAGGCCUUACUCCAGAAGGAGAACCAUGCCGCCGGUCUCAAGGCCGCGACAAGUCGAGGGGGCCACUCGCAGACGUUGAACGACUUCAAGUUCUUCCUCAUGUUUGGCAGCUUUUACAACAUAAUAAGCAGACAGACAGCAUCACGCCCCUCAUCCAACGAGAAGAAUGGCCGGUGA